AUGAAUAAUGUUUACGAGCUUCUCACGCAGAUGCUCCCUCCGGUUACUUAUCUCCUUGCCUCAAACGACUUGACAUCUCGACUUGCCAACGAUCUUCCUGGCCUGUGGUCUUGAGCCCCGACAGCUGGAGUAACGACGUGUGUUUCUUCACAUUUGAGCCCCAGAGUUGGCUUCUUUGUCGGCAGAUGUCCAAGGCAAUGUGGGCGUGAGCCAAAUGACUGGCCGAUUGAGUCGGCUAACAGGCAUUCCACCUUUCCCUACCAGACGUGUGCUCUUGGAAGGUGUAUAAAUGCUGCACUUUCGUCGAUUGAUGCAGCAAAUGCAUUUGUUGAUAUCGCCUCUUACAAGCAAAAGAGAGCCACAGUAUAG